AUGAGUUCCCCCCUCCGAAGCAACUACAGCUCCGCCAACAGAGGAGUCCCAGAGCGGGCGAGUCGCAAGCGUGGUCGUGGAAAUGGUGACGAUGGCACGUCCUCAAUCGCAGCGCCCUCCAGCCCCUUGGCCUCAUCUCCUCCUGCCCCCUUCGUUGCUCAUGGCGGUGACGAUGACGAGGACAUCGAGGACGACCCCGAGAUCCUCGAUGACCUCGACGACAUGGACGAGAUGGCCGAAGACGACGUAGACCUGUUCCGCGAGGGUUUCGAGCUUGAUUAUAGGGCCAAAGAAGACGAUCGUUACGAGGGUCUCGACAUCGACGACGACGGCGACUUUGAUGACAUGGAUUUGGGUGCAAGGAGACGACUCGAAUCUCAGCUCAACCGCAGAGACAGAGAAGUUGCCCGCCGCCAACGCAUCCCCGCCGCGUUCCUUCCCGGUGAAGACGAUGAAGGUGACAUAGAUCUCUCGGCCCAGCCCCGCCGUCGCCGUCACCACUACGACGAAGACCCUGAUGAGGAUAUGGACGCCGACAUUCUGGAGGAGGAGCUUUCUCUCGAGGCUUUGCAAGAUGCGAAGGCUGCUAGUCUGACCGAAUGGGUUUCACAACCGAACGUCCAAAGGACCAUCAAGAGAGAAUUCAAGGCUUUCUUGACGGAAUAUACCGACGAACACGGCUCUUCGGUCUACGGAAACCGCAUUCGCACCCUCGGUGAGGUCAACGCCGAGUCUCUUGAGGUCUCUUACGACCAUCUCUCCUCCUCUCAAGCACUUCUCGCCUACUACUUGGCCAAUGCUCCGGCAGAAGUCCUGAAGCUCUUCGACGAGGUCGCCAUGGAUGUCGUUCUUCUGCAUUACCCCGACUACGAGCGCAUCCACUCCGAAAUUCAUGUGCGCAUCUUCGACCUGCCUGUUCACUACACUCUGAGACAGCUCCGUCAAUCGCACUUGAACUGCCUGGUGAGGGUCAGCGGUGUUGUCACCAAGCGAACUGGUGUCUUCCCCCAGCUCAAGCAUGUCAAGUUCGAUUGCACCAAGUGCGGUAUUACUCUUGGGCCAUUCCAGCAGGAGUCGAAUGUUGAGGUCAAGAUCUCCUACUGCCAAUCUUGCCAAUCCCGCGGUCCUUUCACGCUCAACUCGGAGAAGACGGUCUACCGCAACUACCAGAAGCUCACUCUCCAAGAGUCUCCUGGCACCGUUCCAGCUGGCCGUCUGCCUCGUCAUAGAGAGGUCAUCCUACUGUGGGAUCUCAUUGACAAGGCCAAGCCUGGCGAGGAGAUUGAGGUCACCGGAAUUUACCAAAACAACUACGAUGCCCAGCUGAACAACCGCAACGGAUUCCCUGUUUUUGCCACCAUUUUGGAAGCAAAUAACGUCGUCAAAUCUCACGAUCAGCUGGCUGGGUUCCGCAUGACGGAAGAAGACGAGCAGGAAAUUCGCAAGCUUUCUCGCGACCCCGCUAUCAUCGAUAAGAUCAUCAACUCUAUCGCCCCUAGCAUCUACGGUCACACGGAUAUCAAGACAGCGGUAGCCUUGUCCCUGUUUGGCGGUGUUGCUAAGGUUGGAAAGGGUGCCCAUCAAGUCCGUGGCGACAUCAACGUUCUGCUUCUUGGUGACCCUGGUACCGCAAAGUCCCAGGUUCUCAAGUAUGUUGAGAAGACGGCACAUCGCGCAGUUUUCGCGACUGGCCAAGGAGCCAGUGCCGUCGGUCUGACAGCCAGUGUUCGUCGGGAUCCCAUCACUUCAGAGUGGACUCUCGAGGGCGGUGCUCUUGUAUUGGCAGACAAGGGCACCUGCUUGAUUGAUGAGUUUGACAAGAUGAACGACCAAGACCGUACGUCAAUCCACGAGGCCAUGGAGCAACAGACCAUCUCCAUCUCAAAGGCCGGUAUUGUCACAACUCUGCAAGCUCGAUGUGGCAUCAUUGCCGCAGCCAACCCCAUUGGUGGGCGAUACAACUCAACCAUCCCUUUCUCGGCCAACGUCGAGCUCACUGAGCCAAUUCUUUCUCGUUUUGACAUUCUGUGUGUGGUUCGGGACACUGUGGAGCCUGCGGAGGACGAACGUCUCGCUCGUUUCAUUGUCGGAUCUCACAGCCGCAGCCACCCUGCAUCCUCGCAGCCCGCUGCGGACUCGAUGGAUGUUGAGCAGGAAUCCGAGAAGCAGGACACGCAAGCUGAGACGCAGAAGAAGGAAGGCGAAAUCCCUCAGGAACUUCUCCGCAAGUACAUCUUGUACGCACGCGAGCGUGUCAGUCCCAAGUUGUACCACAUGGACGAGGACAAGGUCGCACGUUUGUUUGCCGACAUGAGAAGAGAGUCUCUUGCUACUGGCGCGUACCCAAUUACAGUGCGCCAUCUCGAAGCCAUCAUCCGCAUCAGCGAAGCUUUUUGCAGGAUGAGACUGUCAGAGUACUGCUCAGCGCAGGACAUUGACAGGGCAAUCGCUGUGACGGUGGAUAGUUUUGUUGGCAGUCAAAAGAUUAGCUGCAAGAAGGCCCUGGCUCGGGCUUUCGCCAAGUACACCUUGGCAAGACCUGGUGGAAACUCGCAAAAGAAGUCGGGAAUUGCCAGCCAAGGAUCAAGGAGAGCAGGCACAGUACGAGCAUAA